CGGGGCGCCCCUCAUGCAUAUUCAUGAGCGCGCGGCGGCCCCGGUAACGGCCGUCAUGGGCUCGGCGGAGGGGGACGUCGAGGCGCUGGCGCAGCGGCUCGCCGGGCUCCGCGGCCGCCGCGACUUCUCCAGGCGCCGCCGCGAGCGAAGCUACGCCAGCGCCGAGGAGGAAGAGGAGGAGGCGGAAGAGGACCGAGCGGACCCGGCCGAGAGCUCCCUGCUGAACAAGCUGCUGCGCACGUCGCUGGUGGAGCCCCGGCACCACGUGGAGGUCCUGCAGCGGGACCCCCGCUCGCCCCUCUUCUCCGCCAAGACCUUCGAGGAGCUGCGGCUGAAAAAAGAGCUCUUACGCGGCGUCUACGACAUGGGCUUCAACAGGCCUUCCAAAAUUCAGGAGACGGCGCUGCCCAUCAUGCUGGCGCAUCCGCCCCAAAACCUCAUCGCGCAGAGCCAGUCGGGGACGGGCAAGACGGCGGCUUUCGUCCUGGCCAUGCUGAGCAGGGUGGACGCCGCCGAGAGAUACCCGCAGUGCCUCUGCCUGGCCCCCACCUUCGAGCUGGCCCUGCAGAUCGGGCGCGUGGUGGAGAAGAUGGGGCGGUUCUGCGUCGACGUCCGCGUCACCUACGCCAUCCAGGGCAACAGGGUGGCUCCCGGCACCAGGCUGCAGGAGCAGAUCGUCAUCGGGACGCCCGGCACGGUGCUGGACUGGUGCUUCAAGCGCCACGUGCUCGACCCGAAGAACAUCAGAGUGUUCGUGCUGGACGAGGCCGACGUCAUGAUCGACAAGCAGGGCUUCUCCAGCCAGAGCAUUCGCAUCCAGAGGGUCCUGCCCAAGGGCUGCCAGAUGCUGCUCUUCUCGGCCACCUUCAAGACGUCGGUGUGGACGUUCGCGACGCAGCUCAUCCGCGCCCCCAUUGUCAUCAAGCUGCGCCAGGAGGAGCUGGCCCUCAGCGCCGUGCGGCAGUACUACCUGGUGUGCGAGGACCGCGUGGCCAAGUACCGGGCCCUGUGCAACAUCUACGGCAGCAUCACCAUCGGCCAGGCCAUCAUCUUCUGCCAGACGCGGAAGAUGGCGGAAUGGCUGUCGCUGGAGAUGACGGAGGACGGGCACCAGGUGGCCAUGCUGACGGCCGAGCUGACGGUGGAGCAGCGGGCCGACGUGAUCCAGAGGUUUCGCGACGGCAAGGAGAAGGUCCUCAUCACCACCAACGUCUGCGCCAGAGGGAUCGACGUGAAACAGGUGACGGUGGUGGUGAACUUCAACCUCCCGGUCACCCUGAAGCAGCAGCCCGAUUUCGAGACCUACCUGCACCGCAUCGGGCGCACGGGCCGCUUCGGCAAGAAGGGCAUCGCCUUCAACAUGGUCGAAAGCUGCAGCUUGUACCUCGUGCGCAUGAUCGAGGAGCAUUUCCAGACGGAGAUCAAGAGGCUGGACCCGGAGGACAUGGACGAGCUCGAGAAGAUCGACGCCUGACGAGCGGGGCCCUCGCUUCCCCGCUGCCGGUUUGGGGUUGAAAAGGGAGAUUUAAGGUGAAGUUUUGCAGUUGUUUUUCCCAAGUUUGUUAUUGUGCUGUUUUAGAAGGGGGGGAAAAAACCCUCAGACGCAGAAACUCUGGUUGUUUUCCGUGUUUUCGGAGGCUCCGAGAGCCGCCGCUUUGCCUGGCUUGAUGCAUCGCUCGGGACCGCGCAGGGCCCCAAAAUGGGGCCGCUCAUCCCCAAAAUCUAGGCCCACGCAGAGCCGAUACAAAUGAGUAUUUUCCCCGAGAAACCCGCCGCGGCCGGAAAACAUCAGCGCCCGAAAAGCGGGAGAGAGGAGUGAGGUAGGAGGAAGCAUCGCAUCCCGCUAGAUGGCAGCAGGAAUUUGGGAUGCAGCCGCCAUCCCGAAUCCCCACGGCGUCCCGGCGCCUCUCGUCGAGCCAAAAUCAUCGGUAAUAAACCGCAGUUAAUUCCCGAG